AUGGAGGCGGUCGGGGGGCUUUCCCCAAACGCGAGAAGCGGUGUCGACCAAUUUAACGAUGAUAUGCAGUCCCGAGCCGCAGAUGUGGCGCCGCUCCGUAUAGAUCAAAGCGAAAGGCCGCAGAAUGCUGCGCCCGCUCCUACCGGACUAGGGAUAGUAGCGGCCGAGAAGGAGGUCCAGAAGGAGGUCCAGAAAGACGUCUAG